AUGUUUUCCAGACUUUUUCCCCGCUUAUCAACCCCUCUACGAGGCUCACAACAGAGUUUAAGAAGUUUCCAUUACUGCACGCCUUUAUUUCAAAAAAAUACUAGUUCUGUCACCUCUACCGCUUCAAAUACCGUUGAUAUAACCCCAUUAAAGUAUUCAAAUGAAUUAUAUGCCGUCUUCAGAAUCCACAAUCGACCUUAUUUGGUUACAUUAGGUGAUAAAGUUGUAUUACCAUUCAAAUUAAAGCAAGCAGAUGUAGGGGAUAUAUUAAAUCUAAAUGACGUUACAACGAUUGGAUCUCGUAAUUAUCAAUUGAUUGAUAAUCCUAUUGAUACUAAGUUGUUCACCUUAAAGGCAACAGUACUAGAAAAGACAAAGAGAGCAUUCCAAAUUAAAGAAGUCACAAAGAGAAGAAACAGAAGAGUGCGUCAUGCCAAGAAUAAGGCUGACCUCACUGUUUUAAGAAUAUCAGAACUAAAAGUUAACUAA